AUGGCAGCGGUCGGCCAUUAUGGCGCCAUUGAGGUCUCCGAAAUUUCGAAGUCAAAGAACCGUCGAGCAAGAUCGAUUGUGCCGAUGGCAGCAGUAGCAGCGGCAACCAUGUUUUUGAUCGUGUCUGCUAUUGCUUAUUGGACUCCCCAAACUUCGGGCCUCUUGUCAAUUGCGUAUUUUGUUCCUUUCACGUCACAGGGACAUCUUCCUGUUCAAGUGAAGCAACAUGCUCUUGGAUCGUUUCUAGUGCAGAAACACCCAAGUGACUAUCUGGAAUUCGAUCAGGCAGGAUACUUUGCGGAGGGCUUCCCAGCUCGGCCUAAGCCAUCCUGGAACCCGUCGGACAACCUGGAGUUCGAGCAGUUUGCGGAGGGCUUCCCAGCUCGGCCUAAGCCAUCAUGGAACCCGUCGGACCGCUUGGAGUUCGAGCAGUUUGCGGAGGGCUUCCCAGCUCGGCCUAAGCCAUCAUGGAACCCGUCGGACCGCUUGGAGUUCGAGCAGUUUGCGGAGGGCUUUCCAGCUCGGCCUAAGCCAUCAUGGAACCCGUCGGACAACCUGGAGUUCGAGCAGUUUGCGGAGGGCUUCCCAGCUCGGCCUAAGCCAUCAUGGAACCCGUCGGACCGCUUGGAGUUCGAUCAGUUUGCACAGGGCCCUCCUUGA